AUGGCCCAAAAAUCAAAGAAGAUCAAGAACAAGCCGAGGCCUCCGCCGGCCCCAGGCUCCGUUCGCGAGGAUUCUCCUCAACAGGAUGCUCCUGUAGAGGAUGCACCUGCAGAGGACCCUGCUGGACAGGAUGAUUCUAAGCCUGGGGAUCCCCCGUCCGAGAAUCCUCCACUCGAGGAGCAAGCUGCUCCCUCUGAGAAGGAGGAUACCUCACCCGGACAGGAGGAUCCCACACCUGCAGAGCAGGUCCCAACCCCAGGGCAACAAGAGUCUUCAUCUGGGCAGCCAGAUCCUCCAGCAGAGAAGCAAGAUGCUCCAGCCGAGCAGGAUUCUCCAGGGCAACCCUUCGCUAACUCUCCUCCGCCACCUAGUGCUCCUACCACGGACACCCGUCCCCAGGGCGGCCGCAGGCCUGAUGCCACCGGCAAGGUCGGCGAGCUUGCCGAGACCGUUCCCAACGCCGGCCUCCAGAUUCCCGGUGCUCCCCAGCAGGAGGAUGAGAAGAGCAGCUUGAAGAUCAAGAUCCACCUCAACAUCCACGCCAAGGUCCGCCUCGAUCUCGAUGCCCAAAUCUAUGGUGAUGUUGUCAUUGGUCUGCUGUAA